AUGAAGUUGUUGAACGUUCUGGUGACUGUGGUCACGCUUUUCACUGCGAUUGUCGCUGCUGCUGCUUCUGCUGGUGCGCCAGAGGUCACCGAGCAAGUGUACUUUGACAUUGCCCAUGGGGACAAGAAAAUCGGGCGUGUCGUGAUUGGUCUGUACGGGGAUGUUGUCCCCAAGACGGUGAAGAACUUCUACGAGCUGUCUACCUCUACGGACCCAAAGAUGGGGUUUGUUAAAUCCAUUUUCCACCGUGUGAUCCCCAACUUCAUGAUCCAAGGUGGUGACUUCACUCACCGGAGUGGGAUCGGCGGGAAGUCCAUCUACGGGGACAGGUUCCCGGACGAGAACUUCGACUUGAAGCACGACAAACCAGGGCUGCUGUCCAUGGCCAACGCGGGGAAGGACACCAACGGGUCCCAAUUCUUCAUCACCACCGUCGCUACCCCAUGGCUAGACGGCAGACAUGUCGUGUUUGGUGAAAUCGUCGAAGGGAUGGACGUCGUCAAGUACGUCGAGAACGUGGACACGGAUAGAAGAGACAAACCACUUCAGGACGUCACCAUCGUCGCUUGCGGUGCGUACCCUUCAAAGGGCAACACCAGCAACACUCGCGAUGAGUUAUAA